GGUGUCAGGUGUCCAUUCCAUUUUUCUGAGCUUCGGGAUUUUGCUAAGAUGGAGAAGAUGGUGCUCUUGAGAUCUCUGUACAGAGCAGCUGCCGUUAGAUCUUCUCGUUUCUUCCCUCCCGCCGCCACGUCCGCCUUCGCCAUCUACCACAGCCACCUGGGUUCUCGAAGCUUCUUCACCGCCUCUAAUCCUCCCACAAAACUCCCUUCUGAUGUCAGGUCUCCUUUUGCAGUGAGGAUUGGAAGCAUGCGUUAUUUUAGUGAAGAUGUAACUCACAUUCCCGUCAUUGAAGAUCCUGAAAUUCAGAAUGCUUUCAAGGACUUGAUGGCUACCAACUGGGAUGAGCUUCCUGAGACUGUUGUACAUGAUGUGAAGACAGCAUUGUCCAAGAACACUGAUGACAAGGCUGGUCAGGAAAUGUUGAAAAGUGUUUUUCGUGCUGCUGAGGCUGUUGAAGAGUUCAGUGGUAUUCUUGUGUCCUUGAAAAUGGAAAUUGAUGAUAGCAUUGGGCUGAGUGGAGAGAACGUGAAGCCCUUGCCAGAUGACGUUGCAAAUGCACUUCGUACAGUUUUCGAACGGUACUCAGCCUAUUUGGAUGCAUUUGGGCCUGAUGAAACCUACCUGCGGAAGAAGGUUGAGACAGAGUUGGGAACAAAGAUGAUCCACUUAAAGAUGAGAUGCAGUGGUCUUGGUUCUGAGUGGGGAAAGGUUACUGUUCUUGGAACCUCUGGACUUUCUGGGUCGUAUGUGGAGCAAAGAGCACAUUAGGUGCCAUAGAUCGUUAAAAUUUCUUGUUAAUUUGAGCUUUCUUUCCUUUGAAAGGGUUAGUAAGUGUUCUCCAGGAAAACCAACAAUGUAAACUUGGGGUUGGGGCUGCUGCUUCUCAGCUUUAAAAUAAAGGCUCAUCUUGUCAGCAGAAAUGAAAGAGACAGUAACACCAUGCUUUUCAUUUUCUUUUAUAUUUUCUUCUGUAUUGAACAUUUCCCCUCCAUAUUUUUCAUAUCGCAAUUGCUGCAUUUUAAGUUCUUUGCUUUUGAGUGACCAGUAACUGAGGU